AUGACCGAAACAGCAAACGCUAAGACAACAGAAGUGAUUGAACCUAAAAAAGAAGCAACAAUAAACAACAAGGAUAUAAUGAUACCCGAUACAGAGUUCCUAUCGGUGAAAUUAGAGAACUUGAACAACGUUGACGCAAAGAAACGAGUGCACGAGCAUGACGAGGGAGAGACUCGUUCUUCCGACGAUAAUACUAAACGAGCAAAACUUGAGAGUGGCGGAAACUCGAAUUCCAAUUUGCCAAAUGCUGCAAGUUUUACAACGCCUUCGAUCGUUACUACACCUUCGAUCGUUGCAACCACCCCCACAGUUUUGCCUCCGCCGCCACAAACAAUAACACCCGCUUAUCCACAUUCUAUAUUGCCGACAUUUACACCUCCACCGCCUCCUCCUACGACGCAUUUUGGCAAGUCUUGGUUGGAUAAAAUGCCUGCAUUGCAUUUAGAUGAUAAUCAAAAGGCGGCGCUAGAAAAGGCAAAAAACUUUGCUCGAGACAUGCAGGCGGUGUUAUUAAAAUCUGCCGGAAAAAACAGCACACCACCUCCAAUACCUUCAAUUCUUCUAUCAUCGAAUCCCGGGUUAGCGUCUGGAAUUGAUCCUCGCUCAUUAUCUGUUCUAUCGCGAAUUUAUGUCGGUUCAAUUAAUUUUGAGUUGACUGAGCAACAUUUACGUGUGGUGUUUGGUCAAUUUGGCGCGAUAAAAAGUGUGAGCAUGUCGUUGGAUCCGAUUACUGGAAAGCACAAAGGAUUCUGCUUUAUUGAAUUUGAGACACCCGAGGGCGCGUCGCUUGCUCUUGAUUCGAUGAAUGGCGCAGAAUUGGGAGGACGGUAA